AUGGCUGUGCUUAAUCAGAUGUCUGUCUUGGAUAUGAUUAAAGAGUUUAGGAGGAAUUGGCGUGCUCUUUGUAACUAUGAGAGAACGACUUUAUGUGGUCCAGACUCCAUGCUCUUAGCAUUACAGCUUUCCAUGGCAGAAAACAACAAGCGGCACAAUGGAGAAUUUACAGUCUCUCUCAGCGAUGUUUUACUGACAUGGAAAUACUUCUUACAUGAAAAACUGAACUUGCCCACUGAAAGUGUUAAAGUGGUUGACCACUAUGAAGACAUUAAGAAAGCAUAUGAUGAUUUCUUGAAGGAUAGUAAUAUGCUAGAUCUGAUUGAUGUUUAUCAGAAAUGUAGCAACUUGACUUCUAAUUGUGAGAACACCAUCUCUUCAAGUCAGCUACGGGAUUUUCUGUCUGGCACACAGUGUGCAGUAAAUGAUGAAACUAAUUCUUACAUACCAGCAUCCCCAGUGAAAUGCAGCCAGGAUGGUGAACAGGUACGGCUAUUGGCAAGGAAAAUCUUCUUUUCCUAUUUGGGUCUGCUAGUGAAUUCCAAGAAUGACUUGGCUCUGUCUCAUGUUCUCAACAUCCCUGAUCGAGGACUGGGCAGAGAGGCCUUCACCGUCUUGAAGCAUGCUGCUCGAGAGAAACAACUGUCUAUGUUUUUGAUGGCCACCUCAUUUAUUAGAACAUUAGAGCUUGGAGGGAAAGGAUAUGCACCAUCGCCAUCAGAUCCUUUACGGGCCCAUGUAAAAGGGCUGUCUAAUUUUAUCAAUUUCAUUGACAAGUUAGAUGAAAUUCUUGGAGACAUACCAAAUCCAAGCCUGGCAGGGGGUCGGAUAUUAUCAGUGAUAAAGAUGCAUCUGAUCAAAGGCCACAGCAGUGGAGAUCCUUUCUAUAAAGCAGUAGAGGAAGUCGUUCAGGAUUUGGAUUUGAGGAUUAAAAAUAUUAUCAAUUCUCAAGAAGCUGUAGCUGUCAGUACCACCACCCUCAGUCCUGCACCGCCAAAAUCUUUUGCCAUAAACCAUGACACUGCAUACUGUGGCAGAGAUACUGUGAAAAUUUUGCUGGUUCUUUUGGAUGAAGACGCAGCCAGUGCUCCCACCAGAAACAAAGCAGAGCUUUUAUAUAAUGACGAGAGGACAGUUCCACACAGUGGACCUUCUCUUCUUACACUCUUUAGGUCUCCCACACAAGUGAAUAAUACAUCAAUUAAACCCCUCAGAGAGCGAAUCCAUAAGUCAAUGCAAGCAGAAAAAAUUAAGCAGAUGAGGCAGACCUUAAUUAGAUCACAGUUUGCUUGUACUUACAAAGAUGACUACAUGACGAGCAAGAAUAGAUGGAAUGUUAAUUUACCCUCAAAGCCGUUGCAUGCUCUUCACUUGGAAAAUGAUAUUGCUGAAGGUGCCCAGUCCUCUGUUGGAAGAGCAGGAAUCAAAACAAGUUCCAAAAAUGUGCAUCUGGAAAGAAGUAAAGAUGCCAAAAUCCCAAGAAAAUCUACAGAAAGUAAAGUAUGCCAAAGGAAGCAGGUGGACUUGGACAGUGACAGUCUUCACCGGGAUAAUGGAAGUGAACCAUCCCGACACAGAAAUGUGCCGUUCCCUAACGUGCCCGAUCACUCACACACGAAGGCUGGGGGCAAACUGGCCAGAGCAGCAAAGGGCAGUAGGUGUGCUGCCAGGAGCAAGCUGAUUCCCGGCCAGACCAAGCUCACUCAGUUUUUCAGGCUGUGA